AUGCAGCUGCUCUUCUUUGCUCCAGCUUUACGUCUCUCCAAUGUCCUGGCAGAGCACUUCCAAGCCCCUCUGCAACCAACUGAAACACCCUCCUCUGCCCCCGAAAACCACCUUCUUGACGACCCCAAUAACCAACUAAAGAUCGGCACCAUCCCCCACGGCAUCACCGACGACCCCCGCGUAAUCCACAACCAAACCUUCGACUACAUAAUCGCCGGCGGGGGACUCACCGGCCUGACCCUCGCCGCGAAACUAGUCUCGGAGAAGAAAUACACUGUCCUAGUAAUCGAAAGUGGGUUCUACGCCUGGGAAUACGGUCCCAAGAUCGACGAUCUCAAUACCUACGGCCAAGUACUCGGCAGCAGCGUCGAUCAUGCCUAUGAGACUAGUCCACAGCUUGUCGGUAAUGACGGGGAAACCGGUCUAGAUAAGGAUAUUAGACUCGUUCGGUCAGGGAAUGGGCUUGGAGGGUCGACACUAAUCAACGGCGGAUCGUGGACGAGACCGCACAAGUCGCAGCUGGAUUCGUGGGAAAAAGUCUUUGGGAAUACUGGGUGGAGUUGGGCAGCGCUGAAGGGAAAGAUGGAUGAGAUUGAGGUGCCGAGGGAUCCGAAGACGGAUAAUGUUACGGCUGGGUCGUUGCAUCGCUUUGAUGCUGAGUGUCAUAAUAAGGAGCCGGAUAAGGGGAGGGUUAAGGUAGGGGCGAGGGAUCGGGGGUAUGGGUGGUCGCCGUUGAUAGGGGCGUUGAUGAGCACGGUGAAGAAGACGUAUAGUGGGGUGGUGAAUCAGAAGGAUCUGUGUUGUGGGAAUCCGACUGGGGUGUCGAUGUUUCUGAAUACGCUCACUAAUGAGCAGGUAAGGACGGAUGCUGCGAGGUCGUGGUUGAAGCCCAUCUUGGAUGAUCAGGAGUUGAGGAAGUAUAUUACUGUUUUGACGGGGGAGCUGGUUGGGAAGGUCCAUUUGGAUAAUGGUGCGGCUUUGAGGAUGGGGGCAAAGUGGCAGGCGAAGGGUGUGGAGUUCGGCGUGCAUAAGAAGCCCGAGUGGAAGUGGGAUGCUUGGGCUAGGAAGGAGGUCCUUUUGGCAGCCGGAUCUACAAUCUCUCCCCUUAUCCUGCAGUGGUCUGGGAUCGGUCCUAAAGCCUGGCUUGAUGCGGCGGGAAUUGAACAGAAGUUGGACCUUCCAGUGGGGUAUAACCUGCAGGAUCAAACAACUACUUCGGUAGUUACGAAGCCGAAGGAAUCAGGUAACGGCCAGGGUCAAGCAGCCUACUUUGCCACCUUUGCAGAGAUCUUCGGCGACGAAGCUGAACAGAUGAAAAAGAUCUUGAAUGACGACAAAGAGCUCGACAAAUGGGCGGAGCACGCAGUCAGAGGCCACGGAUUUCCCGACAAGGCCAAUCUCUUGAAACAAUAUAAGAACUACCGAGACUGGCUUCUAACCGACAAAGUAUCGUACGCCGAGCUAUUCCUCGACACCGACAACAGCACCCACUUCGAUCUUUGGAACCUCAUCCCAUUCACCCGGGGGUACGUCAAGAUCCUGGAUAACGACCCCUACCUCAGAAGCUUCGAAUACAACCCACGCUACUUCGAAAACAUUCUAGAUUUGUACGGCCAAGCUGCAGCUACGCGGCUAGCGCGACAACUGACCAACACGCAUGACAUGAAACAGUAUGUGGACAAGGAGCAAGUUCCGGGGAGAUAUGUGCCACAGGGAGCGAAUCUGAGUCAAUGGGCCGAUUAUGUGAAGCAAAACUAUCGGGCUAAUUAUCAUGGUGUGGGUACGUGCUCUAUGAUGAAGAGGGACCUUGGUGGUGUUGUUGAUUCGGACGCUAAGGUGUAUGAUGUGAAGGGGCUGAGGGUUGUGGAUGGUUCGAUUCCGCCGACGCAGCUGUCGUCGCAUGUAAUGACGGUGUUCUAUGCCAUGGCUGUGAAGAUCGCGGAGUCGGUUAUUAAGGAUGCUGAAAAGACUUAG